AAGUAGCAAUUUUGUUGCUGCUGGAAGGGGUGAACAGGGUGAGGCUCCGUGCAGUUAUAAGGAAGUGUUUCCACAGACAGACUAAAAACUUUUCUUCUUCAGCUUAGAAACACAUCAGCUACUCUCUCCAACACUCAAAUAUGGCUGUCAGUAAAGAAACAACCAUGUACAACAAUGAAGAGAUCCGGAUCGUGAUGGUGGGGAAGACCGGAGCUGGGAAGAGCGCCACAGGAAACACCAUCCUGGGAAAGAAAGAAUUUAUAUCAAGGUUCUCCUUUAACUCUGUGACCUCAGGCUGUGCUAAGGUGUAUGGUGAGCUGGAUAGACAGAAGGUUUCUGUCAUCGACACUCCAGGUCUGUUUGACACUGAUACUGAUGAGGAGACGACACGUAAAAAUAUCUCCCAGUGUAUGGCUUAUGCUUGUCCUGGACCACAUAUCUUUCUGAUUAUCAUCAAACUGGGCCGACUCACAGAAGAAGAAAAGAAGACGGUGGAGAAGAUUCAGCAAAUCUUUGGAGAGGAAGCAAACAAAUACAGCAUGGUUCUCUUUACCCAUGGUGACCAGCUCAGAGGGCAACCUAUCAAGGAGAUCUUGAAGGAAAGCAAAGACCUGCAGGAGCUUGUGACCAAAUGUAACGACCAGUACUACGUCUUUGAUAACAACCUCUCUGAUAGUUCCCAGAGCAGAGAGCUGCUCAACAAGAUCAGAAAGAUAACAGAAAAGAACACAGGAAACCAUUACACCACUGAGAUGUUUCAGGAGGCAGAGAGGGCGAUUGAAGAGGAGCAACAGAGAAUCCUGAAAGAGAAAGAAGAGGAAAUGAGGAAAGAGAGGAAGGAACUAAUGAGGAAAAUAGUGGAAAAAUUUGAGCAAAGAAUAAAGGAAGCGAAGGAAGACGCGGAGAAGGAGAAACAGCGAAUCCUGAAAGAGAAUGAAAAGCAAAAGUGCAAAGAGGAGGAACUAAAGAGGAAAAUAAAAGAAAAACAUGAGAAAGAACUAGAAGAGGAAAUGAGGAAAGAGAGGAAGGAAGUAAAGAGGAAAAUAGAGAAGAAAUAUGAGCAAAAGUUAAAGAAAGUGGAGGAAGAUGCCAAGAAGAAGAAUCAGAGAAUCCAGAAAGAGAAUGAAGAGCAAAAGUGCAAAUUCAAGGAGGAACUGGAGAGGAAAAUAAAAGAAAAACAUGAGAAAGUAUUAAAGGAAGCGGAGGAAGCGAAGGAAAAAGAACUAGAAGAGAAAAUGAAAGCACUGGAGGAAGAACAGGAAGAGAAGGCCAGAAGAGAGGCAGAGAAGAGCCCUUCAGUGCUCGCAAAGAUUGGUCGUGGACUUGCGGUGGUGGGGGCUGUUGGGGCUGUGGGGGCUGUGGGGGCUGUUGGGGCUGGGUUGGUUUUGGGGGCUGUGGUGUUAUUUAAAAAAUAA